AUGGCAGCACAAGCAGACGGCAAGUGGCAGAAAGAUGCGGCUGACCAGAAUUUCGAUUACAUGUUCAAACUGCUCAUCAUUGGAAACAGCAGUGAGAGAGCCUUUGUGUGGAAAUGUCACGCCUAUAUAUAUAUAUCUGUCACUGACCGGGUGUCCCGCUGCUGUCACCGCGUGUGUUUGCAGGAUACGGCAGGACAGGAGAGGUAUAGGACAAUCACGACUGCAUACUACCGGGGCGCCAUGGGCUUCCUGCUGAUGUAUGACGUCACGAACGAGGACUCGUUCAACAGCGUCAUGGACUGGUGCGAUGAAGUUGAGACGUCGGCGAAGGAGAACGUGAACGUGAAGCAGGUCUUCGAGCGCCUCGUCGAUAUCAUCUGCGAGAAGAUGACGGAGAGUCUUGACUCGGACCCUACGAUCGUCAGUGCGGCGAAGGGCACGCGCCUCACCGAGAACCCAAUCCCACAGACCUCGAGCUGCCAAUGCUAACUGCGCCAUCUAUAGCAAAGAAAAACAAGCUUUAGCAAAAUGUGCCGCGCGAGCGCGCGUCGUCGCCGUCGUCACUUUGUUGUUUUUAUUUUUUGGUUCGCGCGGAGGAAUGGUGGUUGGGUGGUUGUUGUUUACGCGUAGACGCGGAUAGGGAGAUGUCUACGCCUGUACGUGGAUGGAAAUGAUCUAGAUAGACGUUGAUAGAGAGGAGUCUGUGUUUGUACGUAGAUGGGAAUUAUCAAGAUAUAGACGUUGAUAGAGAGGUGUCUGUGUUUGUACGAAGAUGGAAAUGAUCAAGAUAUAGACGUGGAUAGGGAUGUGUCUACGUCUGUACGAAGAUGGAUAUGAUCUAGGCAUAUACGUUGAUAGGGAGGUGUCUGUGUUUGUACGUAGAUGGGAAUUAUCAAGAUAUAGACGUUGAUAGGGAGGUAUCUACGUUUGUACGUAGAUGGAAAUGAUCAAGAUAGACGUUGAUAGGGAGGUGUCUACGUUUGUACGAAGAUGGAUAUGAUCAAGAUAGACGUUGAUAGGGAGGUGUCUGUGUUUGUACGAAGAUGGAAAUGAUCAAGAUAUACGUUGAUAGGGAUGUGUCUGUGUUUGUACGAAGAUGGAAAUGAUCAAGAUAGACGUUGAUAGGGCGGUGUCUACGUUUGUACGAAGAUGGAUAUGAUCAAGAUAGACGUUGAUAGGGCGGUGUCUAUGUUUGUACGUAGAUGGGAAUUAUCAAGAUAUAGACGUUGAUAGAGAGGUGUCUGUGUUUGUACGUCGAUUGGAAUUAUCAAGAUAUAGACGUUGAUAGGAAGGUAUCUACGUUUAUACGUAGAUGGAAAUGAUCAAGAUAGACGUUGAUAGGGAGGUGUCUACGUUUGUACGAAGAUGGAUAUGAUCAAGAUAGACGUUGAUAGGGAGGUGUCUGUGUUUGUACGAAGAUGGAAAUGAACAAUAUAGACGUGGAUAGGGAGGUGUCUACGUUUGUACGAAGAUGGAUAUGAUCAAGAUAGACGUCGGUGAAAGUUAUCUACGUGGGCGAGUUAGCUACGGCUGGUGUUAGCCUGCGUCUAUGAUAUGCCCCACCCUCCCUCCCCACCUCUCGCUUCAAUCGCUGGCCCUCCAUACACAGCAUGGCACAGGCGGAAGAACUAGAGAGCUCGCUGCGCGUAUGAUUUGUUUUGUUUUUAUUUUGUUUUGUUUUGUUUAUUUAUUUUUCGCGCGUACUUAGAUUGGGAGAAUAUCAAUAAUUGAUUGAUUGAUUGAUUGAUUGAAUGAUUGAUUGCUUGUUAUCCGCGUCUGUUGUUUGCCCCCCCCCCUCAUUUCACUGCGUUACCGCGCUGUUUGUGGCGUGGGGACGUGUGGGGAGGUGGUAAAGAAAAGUGACAACGUAAGGCACCUAGCUCUAGAAGCAGCUGUUAAACACCCCCAGCAUCGUUUCCUCGAAGAGUGUCGUGUGAGAUGGAGAGGCGAGCAACGUUGUGGACAGCGACAACUGAAGCAUGCACGCAUGCGCUGUACGGAGUGCGACGAGACGGCGAUGGCGCCAUCUCUUGGCGAGAUUGUAAAUUUUGGCAAGAUUGUAAAUUUUUUGGUGAAAUCGCGUGUUGUGCGUGUGCCGGCAACCCGCUUUACUUAAUUUACUAUGCGUAUCAUCACCGGUGCUGCUGCUGCUUGUGCUGCUGCUGCUGCUGCUGCUGCUUCUUCUUCUUAUGCAAUAUGUUCGAGCUCCCGCGUGUGUUCGUGCGUGUGUGUUGUGAAAAUUGACGUGUCAGGUAUUAACGUUGUUUGACCGAAUCAAUCAAGAUGGGAAAAGUUCAUCGCUUUCCUCCCUAGUACCUCACGCGCACGCACGCACGCACGCACGCACGCACACACGUCAGGUAGAUGUCUUACUAUCAGAAGUAGAUAAUAGGGAAUUUUCCCUAUUAUCUACUUCUGUUAGUAUGAAAUCCAUUCUACAGAUGCGAUACGAUUGAGUGGCUCGCUGGGAAAAUGUCUUUAUUCCCCGUGAUAUCGGUUGGUGAGGAUGCACUCGUGAUGAUUACCUGGAACGAUUAUUACAAUCUCUAUUAAUAUAUUCUGAUUUCGCAGGGGAUGUAAUUUUGUUUAUACGGUUCGCUUUGCUAGCACAAUGACUGUGCCGGUGGAUAUCGCGCUUUCGGGUCGAGAUCCGCGCGCCACCUGUUGGGAUUUACUUUCAACUGUGACAGUGGGAGUUCAGAUGACGUGGGUUUUUCUCGGAGAAUUAUUUAUUGUAAUAUUAUCGAACGAUGCGUUCGCCCGUAUGUCUAUACAUUACACGUGAGCCACACACACCUACGCUCGCUCGCACGCACGCACGCACGCACGCACGCACGCACGCACGCACACGCACGCACGUACGCGCACGCACGCACAAACACACAAACACACAAACAUAUUCAACUCGUAUAUGCACAACACUAACACAUAACUAAUCACGUUAUCCGAACAUUCCCCCC